AUGGACGAUACUACUGUAACAGUUAUUCCGUCCUCCAUCGACGUCGGUAAGAUGCAGACAGUGGUUGUCAUCUUUCCGUGCGACCUACCGCAACAUCAGCUGGUGACGCUGGAGCUGUGCUGCACCGGCCAGAGCUCUGGAAAGAGGCCGUCGCCUGCCUGGGUUCCCGCCCAGCUUCUGGGCAGCAAUGUUCUUCGUGCCAAUCUUCCCGAGAUUCCUUACGCUGGAGAUCUUGAAGUGACCAUCAAGGUAUCGAGAGAGACAUUUGAUCCCUGCCCCAGCUUCAAACUCAGGGUCAUUAGUCCACUGGAGACAAUACUCCAGGCCUCAUUUGCCCCUCAGAAGAGCAGCAGUUGUAACGGCAGUGCUUCCCUGCCCUGCCUGGCGGCCUACCUCCUGCACACUCAUGAGAAGGACCAGAGUAAGCUCGCCCACAUGGACAGGGUUGUGACUGACCUCCUCCAGUCACAGUCCUCCCUCUGUUCAGACUGGAACCUCUCCUCUGUCAUCUUUGGUGAGAGACAACACCACAUUUAG